GCCAGAACCAGACGGGACCAUCUCUGAGCAUUACGCAUCUACCUGACCUGAUGUGCCUGCACCUCACACCCACCGACCUGUGCCAUAAACUCAUUCCGCUGUCGUCGUCAUCGUCAUCGUCGUCGUCGCCUCCAUCUCCGCCUCCGCCUCCGCUGUCGCCCCUCUCCGCUCGCUCGCUCAUGCACAGCCGAUACACCGCACUCUGAGCCCACGCCCCGCAGCAGCUCAGACCGACCUUUCGGCCCCAGAAUCUCAUCGAACCUACCAAAACCACCGCCACGAGCGAAACCCACACCCCUUUUCGCCCACAUAGCCUGUCUCGUCGUUGUACGAGGCAGCCUUCAGCUGGCCCAUCACGCCUACCGCCAAGAGAAAGAGAAGUGACAUCGAUACUUCCAAUUCCCUCCACAGCACUUCCCGGAAAGCGAGCAAGACCGCGCACCACAUCGAGGAAUCUGUGGACGCGGCGCUGCCGGCCACUCCGCAGACGCUGGCUAGCGAGAAAGACGCCAUGGAGAGCGACGACGAAGUCCAGAGCAUGGCGAGCAGUGCGGACAUGGGAAUGAUGGAGGACGAAGACAGUAGCGUCGACUUCGGCGCUAAUGAUUCCGACGGCGAUAUGGACGACUUCAACGACGAAGACGACGGGGGCGACAUGUUCCAAUCCCAAGACAAGCUCAUGAAGCCGCAGAAGAAGGCUUUCGAGGUCGAUUUCAAAUCCUACAGUCCCGACGAUAUCCAGGCACAGCAAGAGCAGCAGAUUACAGAGGUCUCCACCUUACUCGAGCAACCACGCGAAGCAACUGCCAUUCUAUUACGGUACGGACGAUGGAACAAAGAGCGAGUCAUUGAGCAGUACAUGGACGACCAGGAAGCCAUCUUGGAAAAGGCAGGUCUCGGACAGGAUCUCCAGCGGACACCACCUCGGAUCGAAACGAUAGAUGGAUUCGCUUGCGAAAUAUGCUGCGAGGACGAGCCAGGUCUGCAGAGUUUCGCGAUGAAGUGUGGACAUAGAUACUGCGUGGAUUGCUAUCGCCAAUAUCUGGGUCAAAAGAUUCGAGACGAGGGAGAAGCUGCACGGAUCAAGUGCCCAGGUGAUGGUUGCAAUAACGUCGUGGACACUAAAUCACUGGAGCUCCUGGUGCCAUCGGAGCUGAAAGAUCGAUAUCAUGAGCUGCUCAUGCGAACCUAUGUCGACGACAAGGAGAAUUUGAAAUGGUGCCCGGCCCCAGAGUGCAUUUACGCCAUCGAAUGCUCGGUUAAGAAGCGAGACCUCAAUCGCAUUGUGCCCACGGUCACUUGUGAGGGAAAGCACAACUUCUGUUUUGGAUGCACGUUAGCAGAUCAUCAGCCCUGCCCCUGUAAGCUGGUGAAGCAGUGGCUCAAAAAGUGCGAAGAUGACAGCGAGACAGCGAACUGGAUCAAUGCGAACACGAAAGAAUGCCCCAAGUGCAACUCUACGAUUGAAAAGAACGGCGGCUGCAAUCAUAUGACUUGUCGCAAGUGCCGUAACGAGUUUUGCUGGAUGUGCAUGGGAGUGUGGUCAGAGCACGGAACGUCCUGGUACAAUUGCAAUCGCUUCGAAGAGAAGUCCGGAUCCGAUGCUCGAGAUGCGCAGGCUAGGAGCCGACAAUCGCUCGAGCGCUACCUGCACUAUUACAAUCGCUACGCCAACCACGAACAAUCUGCCAAGCUCGACAAGAACAUCUACGAGAAGACGGAGAAGAAGAUGCAGUUGCUCCAGAAUCAGUCCGGUCUUUCCUGGAUUGAGGUACAAUUUCUCGAGAACGCCUCGCACGCGCUCCAGUUGUGCCGCCAAACACUGAAGUGGACAUAUGCAUUUGCAUAUUAUCUGGAGCGCAAUAAUCAGACUGAAAUUUUUGAAGAUAACCAGAAGGAUCUCGAAAUGGCGGUCGAGAAUUUGUCGGAAAUGUUUGAGAAGCCCACUGAGCAACUUUCAGAGCUAAAGGUCGACAUGAUGGACAAGACGAGCUACUGCAAUCAGCGGCGCAUUGUCUUACUAGAUGACACUGCCAAGAAUCUCAAGGAUGUCAACUGGAAGUUCACUAUCGAUAUCUAGAUGCAUCCGGAUCUGACAUCAGGUCGAUCGAGCUUCGACAGAAACAAAGACGCUCGACACGAACAGACACAUCACACCGAGAUACUGGGCUCGGCUGAUGGCUACCAUCAUGACACGUUCAAAGGUCGUACAUGACAAGUCUUGGCUUGUCAUGAUCGAUCCCGGGACUAUCAUUGUAUGACCAUGAAUGGGUUCGAAUACCCGCAGGCAUUCUCAGAUCCAGCUGCAUUCUCGAUGCAAGGAGAAAUGGGAAGGAAUCAUGGCGUUCAUUGAUUGGGGCUGGCUAGCGCAUGCGUGGUGCUGGUGGCAAUACUUCUUCUGCUUCUUCUCUCUCUUUCUCUCAGUACGCGACUAAUGCUGGCUAGAGUGGCGUUGUUUCUUUUUGGGCAGGCAGUACGCAUUAAUGACCACAGGCAUGACUCGGAGUUUUCAUGACAAGACUUUGCAAUGGGCGCCGGCGGGCGAGCGAGUUAGCAGUGUCUGUGUGCUAGAAGGGUGCACGAGGCGUGUAGGUAGCAGGAGCAAGAACAAGUAUUUCAAGAGUCGAAUUUGCUCAACGACACUCGUAUUGGUAUUACCACCUAGCUUCAGAG